GUCAGCUGAAGAUGAAAAUAGGUUGGGUAAUUCAGGCUGUGAUGUUAAAAUAAGGCAUGUUGUCAAUGAGGGAAUGCUGGCUGCAGAUCCUAUGUCAGUCCUUCAGAGUCCUUCUGAGGCUCCUACAGAGUUGCAGGGGAUAGCACACAGCACACGGCCGGCAAUGACUGUGGCACAACUGACAGCAAAAUAUAAUGCUGCGAGUGGAAUGGAACUUAAGGGUAGUGCAAUGGGAACUGCAAGCUCAAACAUGGGGUGCCACAAUGGAAAUGGAUGCUUAUCUAGACAGAAAAAUUGUGAUUCCAGCUUGUUUUCAGAGAAACUCAAGCCAUGUCAAUUGCAAACAGAUGAAGGUGUACACUGGAACCCCAAGAUUCGCCCCUCAUUCUUGGGUGAAGGGAUCAAAAGAGGUGAGAAUGACUCAACAGAAGAAAAGUCUUCCGUAGAUAUGCCAUUAUUGUGCAGCCAAACAGCAAUGGAAGACAGUUGUUCAAAUGGUGGCUUGAAGAUAAAGCACCAUGCCAGCUGUGAGAAUAAGCAGAAACAUGUCUUUUAUCCUGGACAGUGUUCACAGGAGACUUCCAUUUUCCAUGUUGAAGAUGACUAUCAAUCCUCAACCUUUACUUGUGCAUCAAAUAUGUUAUUUCCAAAAGACUACAUUGGAGAAGGUGUCCACAACAAUAAUUACAGUUGUCCAAGCUUGAAUGUUACACAAGCAGGAUUAGGCACAGACCAAAGAAAGCUGAAGAUGAAACCCUUGACUGUUGCAGGCCAUUUGAUCGAUCGAUUUCCUCUAAAACCUCCCAAUAGCUAUUUUGAAGAUUCAGAUGAUGCCUGUGAUGAAGGGAUGGAAGAUGAAUUUAACCGAAACAAAAAAGAGCGGUCCACUUUGCUGUUUAGAAGAUACAAUAAGAAUAACCGAGAAGUGAAGAAAUCUGUUUAUACAGGAUCCAAAGCACGGACAAGGAGGUUACCAUCAGGACACAUAGGUGCAAAAGCCAGGAAGGCUGUCAGCCAAAAGAGAAACAUUAGUCAUGAUGUCAAAGUUCCUAAGGUUCCCAGUGAGAAACUCCUGAUAUGCCAAGCUAUGCUUCUGAUGGAUAACUGGACCAGACCCAGCAGGUACAAGAUUCAGUAUACACUGAGAGGACCAGGGGCAGUAGAAUCACACGAUUACCUUCUGCAUCCUUUGAGAAAGAUCUUGGCUUCAACGGUCAACAACAGAAGCCCGGGAAGUGGAACUUACCUCAAACUAUGUGCCGAUGGUUCCGUGCCUAAGAUACGUGCCACCUUGUACAGGACCACUGUUUCUGACCACGUGGCUGGCGCUCUGCUAGAAGCAACUGCGGUCACUGGGACAAGGAACACGCUUCUGAGUCCUUCGGGGAUACCCACAGGCAGAGCAAUGCUCAAAGAGCGGCAACUCUGCAUAACCAUGGCUGGCUCAAGCACACUGCCAUCCAAUGUGGCUGGCAUCAGCAAGGAGCUGACGGACCUUCGACACCUGAUCCAAUUCCCUGAAGAAAUUGCCAGUAUUUUGACCGAGCAAGAGCAGGAACUCUAUCGCAAGGUCUUACCGCUUGACUACCUCUGCUUUCUGACCAGGGAUUUAGUAAAUCCCAGUUGCCCCAGCAGACCAUCCCCCCUCAAAACCUCCACCUUGGCACCUGAUCUGGAUAGCAAAAGUAGGGAGCACAAUGCAAUUGAAGACCUGGUGGCAAGAUUUAAUGAGGUGAGCUCCUGGGUGACAUGGCUGAUCCUGACAGCUGGUUCCAUGGAGGAAAAGAGGGAAGUGUUCUCUUACUUGGUCCAUGUGGCCAAGUGUUGCUGGAACAUGGGUAAUUACAACGCAGUGAUGGAAUUCUUGGCAGGCCUCAGGUCUAGGAAAGUUCUGAAGAUGUGGCAAUUUAUGGAUCAGUCUGACAUUGAGACUAUGAGAAGCCUCAAAGAUGCAAUGGCACAACACGAAUCAUCAUCUGAGUACCGGAGAGUGGUAAGCCGUGCUCUAAAUAUCCCCGGGUGCAAAGUGGUUCCCUUUUGUGGAGUCUUUCUGAAGGAGUUGUGUGAUGUCCUGGAUGGUGCAGCCACUUUGAUGAAAUUCCACUCACGCUGCGAUUCUCAGGAGGACACCUUUGAGUUUAUUGCAGACUACAAUGGCCAGGAACAUUUUUUGCAGCGAAUUGGAAAAGAUGGACUCAAUAAUACAGAGAAAGAGUCCACAGUGAAUAACAUUCUCCAGACCAUUCGAAGCUGUAACAGAAGCCUGGAGUGUGAAGAAGGGGAAGAAAGUAGUGGUGAUGGUGGCACUUCAAGGAAGAACUCAUUCAAAGACAGAAGCAAAUAUCAGUUCAUUGUUGGAGAUCUGUCAGAUUCUGAAAGUGAUUCCUUUGAGCAGUCCAGUGAGUUUGACCUGAGUGGGACAGAGGACCAGCAGAAAGCAUUUAAUCAUGAAACAGAACUUAUUCCUUGGUACGUUUUGUCCAUUAGAGCUGACGUCCAUCAGUUUCUUCUGCAAGGGUCCACAGUCAUACAUUAUGACCAGGAGGCUCACCUAUCAGCACGCUGUUUUCUCAAACUGGAAGCUGACAACUGUACUCUGACUUGGUCAAAACCACCUACAGCCAGCCCAACCAAUGCCAAGGUGAAAAGCAUUGUACCGGGUAAUAGUACAGAUCUUGGUAAUACUAAAUUCCAGCUGUAUGGGCAAAUCGCAUUAAAUGGACUUGUAGAAGGUUUCUUGGACAUGUCUGUGGUGAAAGCUGUCUACAUGGGACAUUCAGGAAUUGAUCUUAAUACUGUUUGCAUUCAAAACAAACUUUCCCAUAUGACCCUGGAGGACAAUUGCAUAACGUUGCUGUAUGGGGUCCAUACAACCGAUAAUCGCUUGUUGCACUUUGUGGCUCCUAAGUACACUGCUAAGAUGGUGCAUGAUGGAUUACAGGAAUUAGUGACGGCUGUGAGAAAAAUGAAGAGGUUUCCUGACCAGAGACUGCAGUGGCUGAGGAAGCAGUAUGUCAGCUUGUAUCAGGAGGAAGGCAAGUUUGAGGGACCAACAUUGGCUCAGGUUAUUGAACUCUUUGGAGGCAGACGAUGGAUCACAAGAAACACAGCGACAGCGACUUUGAACAAAAACACAGAAAAAUCCAACCUACAGCGCAACAACACACUGGGAAUGAACACGGCCAAAAAGAUAAAGAAAUCACUCAUCAGGGGAGACAGUGGGGAGAUUACUGAUGAGGAGAUCGGCACACGCAAGGCUCGAAGCUGCAAAGAAUCUCGAAGCAGGAGUGGAUCUGACCCAGCAGACUUUGAUGAACAAGAAGAAUCAGAUUUGACGAUCGCAAUGGCUUCUCCUGGUUCCUGUACGCUUCCUACCAGAGCCCGUUCUCUCACCACUCCAACAUCAACCACAUUAGGCCCUCCAACAUCUACACCAGUGAGACCUGCCUCCUCUCCAGUCCUUUCAACUGUCAGCAAGACCAAAACUGGCACAAGAGGGAGUAACAGCUGGCAUGGACGGGUGAAAGGAGGGCUGAAAGGAUUUCAGGACUUCAUGGUCUCUGAUAGCAACAUGAGUUUUGUUGAGUUCGUCGAACUUUUCAAAUCAUUCAGUGUACGAAGUCGGAAGGACCUGAAGGAUCUUUUUGACCUUUACUCUGUGUCGUGCAAUCGCUCUGGCUCAGAAUCUACCCCACUAUACACAAACCUGACGAUAGAUGACAACAUCACUGGGCUGCAGCCUGACCUAGACCUUUUGACAAGAAAUGUGUCGGAUCUUGGCCUGUUUAUAAAGAGUCGACAGCAAAUAUCAGAUAAUCAGAGACAAAUUUCUGAUUACAUCGCUGCUACCAGCAUUGUGACCAAUCGAGUGGAAAUCGCUUCCCUGGGAGAGAGUGAAAUGGGAAUUCAGCAACUGAAUGACUUCCUGGUCAACUGUCAAGGGGAGAAUCACACCUAUGAUGAAAUUCUCAGCAUUAUUCAGAAAUUUGAGCCAUCUGUCAACAUGCGCCAGCAGGGACUGAUGUCAUUUGAAGGGUUUGCAAGGUUUCUAAUGGACAAGGAGAAUGUUGCUUCAAAGAAUGAUGAAUCUCAAGUUAAUAUUGAGGAUUUACAGUAUCCACUUUCCUACUAUUACAUCGAAUCCUCUCAUAAUACGUACCUUACUGGCCAUCAACUGAAAGGAGAAUCCUCAGUUGAACUUUACAGCCAGGUGCUGUUGCAAGGAUGCCGAAGUGUGGAGCUGGACUGUUGGGAUGGAGAUGAUGGUAUGCCAAUCAUAUAUCAUGGACACACUCUCACCACCAAGAUCCCAUUUAAGGAUGUCAUCGAAUCAAUCAAUCGCAAUGCCUUUGUAAAUUCUGAGAUGCCGGUGAUUUUGUCAAUUGAGAAUCACUGCUCGUUGCCCCAGCAGCGGAAGAUGGCAGAAAUUGUUAAGACUGUAUUUGGAGACAAGCUGGUGACAAAAUUUUUGUUUGAGAGUGAUUUUGCAGAUAAUCCAAUGCUCCCAUCUGUAUGGCAGCUCAAAGGAAAAAUCCUCCUCAAAAACAAAAAACUGAAGGCCCAUCAGACUCCAGUAGAUAUACUUAAACAAAAGGCACAUCAGCUUGCAAACCUGCAAGCACAGUCGAGCAAUGGCAGCCUGACCGGCGCAGGUACCUCCAACAAUGACGAGGAAGAUGAUGAAGAUGAUGAAUACGACUAUGACUAUGAAUCUCUCUCUGACGCUGAUGCCCUUAUUGCUUCCCUCUCCUCUGCCGUGAAUGAUCAAGAAGACAAUAUCCUUGACGAAAGGCCUGAAACCAAACCUUCAAGUGAUAAAUUCCAGUUUGAGUACACAGAAGAAACUCCACGCAGAAUUAAGAAAAUAUCGUCUGAUGCAAUGUUGCUUAGCAAAGAAAAGACAAAGCAAAAAAGAUUUAUUGUUUAUGACAUGGAACUGGGUGAAGAAUUCUACUUGCCUCAAAACAAAAAGGAGAGCAGACAGAUAGCACCUGAACUUUCAGACCUGGUCAUCUACUGUCAGGCCGUCAAGUUUACAGGCCUUUCGACUUUAAAUGCCACAGGAUCAAACAGAGGCAAAGUGAAACCCAACAGGAAGUCUAACAGAAUGAGCCCUGGGGAAUCGAUGACAUCAAUUAAGACAUCUGGGAGAGCAACGUCUUUUGAAGCUAUAAGAAAGAACUGUGAUGAACCACCUUCUCCUCCAUUUAAUCCAACCACCUCUCUCAGCGCUAUCAUCAGAACACCCAAGUGUUAUCACAUAUCGUCAGUGAAUGAGAACACUGCCAAGAGACUGUGCAGGCGCUAUUCCCAGGAAUUGAUCCAACAUACAGUGUGCCAGUUACUCCGAACAUAUCCGGCUGCAACCCGGAUUGACUCCUCGAACCCAUCACCUCUCAUGUUCUGGCUCCAUGGGAUACAGUUGGUUGCUCUCAAUUAUCAAACAGAUGAUCUCCCAAUGCAUCUGAACACCGCCAUGUUUGAAGCCAAUGGUGGAUGCGGUUAUGUGCUAAAAUCGUCAGUUUUAUGGGACAGAAACUGCCGCAUGAACAAUCAGUUUUCUCCUCUAGAACGAAUAGAGAAUAUGAGUCCAUCCUUAUAUUCCUUAACAAUUAUUUCUGGGCAGUAUGUCUGCCCCAGCAACACAUCAGGGAGUCCAUGUAUUGAAAUUGACGUGCUUGGUAUGCCACAGGACAGCAGCCACUUUCGCACUAAACCCAUUCAUCGCAACACUCUGAACCCCAUGUGGAAUGAGCAAUUCUUCUUCCACAUUUACUUUGAAGACCUCGUUUUCUUACGUUUUGCAGUAGUGGAAAAUAACAGCUCCACUGUAACAGCACAAAGAGUGAUCCAGUUAAAAGCACUUAAAGGAGGGUACAGACAUCUACAGCUAAGAAACUCUCAUAAUGAACCUCUGGAGAUAUCCAGUCUCUUCAUUUACAGUCGACGAAUGGAAGAAAACAACUCUGGAAAUCUACCACUGGCAUCAAUGCUGUUUAACACAGAAGACCAAAGAUCUGCUAUCAGUUACCAUGUUACAGUUUAUGGAGUUCCGGGUCCUGAACCAUUCAGCGUUUUUGUUGUCCAUGAGAAGACCACGGCCAGGCAGUUAAUGUACAAAAUUGUAGGCUCAGCAGGUGGCUCAGAGACAGACAUUGCUGACUACUUUCUUCUGGAAGAGAAAACCUCCCUUUCUAAAGAAAAGAGUGAACACAAGAAACAGCCAUUCCAGAGAGUCAUUAGUCCAGAGGAGGAAAUCCUAAAAAUUCCACAAUGUUGGCUUCUAGAGGAAGGAUUUAUUGGAAAAAUUAUCUUUAAAACCAAAGAAGAGCAGGAGCUAAAUCAAAGGAACUUCACAAAUGAAAAACAAGAUGAUGUGAGUUACAACAGCAGCCCAACAGAGGAUGAUAGCUUCUUGGUUCAGGUGCACGAUGUCUCCCCAGAACAGCCUCGUACGGUCAUCAGGGCUUCAAAGUUCAGUACAGCCCAAGACAUUAUUCUGCAGGCAUUGAGUAAAGCCAAAUAUUCUUAUAGCAUCCUGAGCAACCCAAAUCCCAGUGACUAUGUCCUUGUGGAGGAAGUCACAAAAGAGCCAUUAAACAAGAAAUCGUCGAUGGCGAAGCCGGCUCUUCGAAUUCUUUCUGAGAAUGAGUGUGUGUUUGUAGCCCAGAACAGGUGGAAAGGAGCAGGGAAAUUCAUCCUCAAGCUGAAAGAACAAGUGCAGGUUGCGCAGGAGAAGAAGAAAGGUCUUUCUUUUGCUAACGAACUGAAGAGAUUAACAAAAUCAAGCAAACCAAGUCGGAGUUUCUCAAUCCCACUUCAGACAACCUCCCCUGAAAGCAGCCAGAGUAAGGAUGAAAAAGCUGCAUGUAGUGUGUCAUUUGCUGAGAUCAUUGAAUAAAACCUCUUACAUGAUUGCAGCAUGUGACUGCCCAGGCCGUUUUAAAGUUGACUUGGAUAAUUUUUUAGUACUGCUAUCUCAAGAUGAAGCACAGAAGCCUUUAACCAAUGCUGGAGAAGACCAAAAACAAUGUAAUGUUUGUCCCUUCUCUGCUUCCUGUACAGCCCUUUUGAAAAACUGGAAAUUACACAAAUAACUUUUUUUUAAAGAUAACGAAAUCCAAUCUUUGGAAUGAAACACAUCACCCAGUAAGGGUCACACACAGGAGCACGAGUCAGCAACAGGUUUCAAACAAGCGGGCUUGUUUCAAUGUUAAUUGUUCAACCAAGAAAGAAUGUGUGUGAGCAAACAGCCACGACUACUGUUGGACUAUUCAGACACACUUGAGAUGUUGACUUCAAAUUAUACUGGGUAUGAAGACAUACAGGUGCAGAACCUUAAAUUGUUUUAAUUUGCAAGUGUGAUAGUGCACUUUUCAAAACCACUUAUUAGUCAUUUGCAGGUUUUAAAGGUUCCUAUAUCCAAUAUGAACCCAGAUCAUGGUAGAAGCUAGCAUUUUAGUAACAUUAAGCUGAAUUGUCCCAUAUUGUUCAUUUUAGUUGAUGUUUACAAAGUAUUUACAUCUUGAUUUAGGGAAUAAAUCCUUGUAGAAUAUGUUGGAUUCGUGCAUAAAAUAUGAAAAGCAGUGUUAACAUAGAUGUGGAUUAUUUUUACUGGAGUAGAAAAUUGUGUAAAUUUCUAGGUAUAUAAAACUGUGCUAUGAUUGUAUUAAUAUAAUUAUUAGGUUGAAUUAUUUAUUUAAGCAGAGAUUUAACACUGUUUUCAGUUAAAUUUGCUACAUUCUCCUGUUUCAGUUCCAGGUGGUAUAACACAACUUGUAUUUUUAGUUUCAAUUGCUUUACUUUCCUCACGCACGUCUGAUAAUAUAUUCAGUUUAAUUUUUCUUAUAUUAAAAUGAAACCAAACAGUAAAUUUUAAGUACUGAGUCAAUUUCUUUAAUUUUUCAUGAUGUAUUUUCAUUUCUUGCAUCAGUAUGUACUGUUCAUCAAGAGGCAAUAUUUUUAAAGCAAUGUAAUGUACAGAAGUUUUGCCUGCCUCACUACAUGUAAAUGCUCUAAUUAUAUGGCUAGGUGAUAAGAUUGUGAUUUUUGAAACAGAAAACAUUGAACAGUUAUGAAUAGAGCUACAUCAGUGACAAAUCAAAAAUUAACAACAGGACUGAUUGUGGUAAAUGAACCAAAUACCAGACUACCGAAGAUGACCAAAUCAGCAGGAGCAGCAAAACACCCUAAAACAAAACAUCCCUUUAAAGCUGCAGCUGUCAUACUAUAAGUACACCUGACUACGGAAUAACUAAGUAUCAACAAUGAACCUCCAACAAAGAAAAGCAAACUGUAGAAUCGUGGAUAUGACAAAAUAAAAAGGUAUCAUAAUUUGGUUAUAUAUUUAAUUGUUGAAAUGCUUAUAGAUAAAAUCUGUGAAUUGCAAUCAGCUAUUUCAAAAUAUCCAAGUAAAAGCUAACUCUUAAAUACUUAACGUUGCCUCUAUCUCAGCUGUGGAUUAUCUGUUAUUUUUCUUGCACUUUCCAUUUUCUUUUCCCUACUUACUGUUUUGCUCCUUUUCCUUGUUUAAAAAAACAGAACAAUGUGAGAAUUUUAAUUCUUGUUUCUCUCUCUCCACUAGAAAAUCCAAUUAAAACUGGCUGUAUAAUUUUAAUCCACAAGCUAAUUAAUCAAACUAGUUUAAACUGAAACCUUAAGUUGACGGAGCUAUACCCCGGUUGCAAGCAGAUGGAAUAUUAGAUGGAACGUUAGCUAUCUCAGGAUGUGGCUCUCCAUACCAUUUAUUUGUAGAGGUGAAGUUGUAGGUUCUUUCAAUAUAAACUUUCCCAUUUACUUUCUCACAAAAAUUUACUGUUUAGGAGGAAGUUAUCAGAUGACAUUUAACAGGUAAUAGCCCACUUUCCAGUGGG